UCAGUAAAUUUAAAAAUAGAUUCAAUAAUUAUAAAUAACCUUAUUUAGCAAAUUAUUUUUUUAGCAAAACAUUUUUAAAGAGUAAACAAUUAAGCAUUUUAAUAUAGAACUAAAUGAGUAAAUCAUUUCAAUAAAGGUCUGCAAUAUCAUUCAAUGAUGCAAAAUCUGUUAACAAUGAUGAUAAUGAGUCUUAUAUUAAAUAAGACUCAUAAUCAGCGUUAUCAGUUAGUAGAUCUAUUUAAUAAUAGCAAUCAUAAUUCACAAGAGAAUAGUUUAGUGCUUAAUCUCUACAAAAAGUUAGUGAAUCAAAUUUAAGCGAAUUUCACUCAUAAAACCUUUAAGAUAGCUAAUAAAUAUAGGAACCUCAAAAAUAAGAAAUCACUUAAUUAUAAAAUGAAGUGUAAAAAUAAAAAGAUAUGAAACUUAAGGAAGGUGAUCAAAGCAUUCAAAGAGCGUAGUAGCUGAUUUAAUAAAUUGAAAAGUAAGUUCACAAGAGAGGUAUAGGAGAUGAAGACGAUGAAAAUUAAAAGACAUAUUAGAAGUUAAUUAGAUAAAAGAGAGAAUACGAAGAAGAGUAUCUCAAAAAAACUAAAGAAUUCUAUCUUACUGAAGGAAUGGAUAUAGAUAAAGUGCAAAAUUUUAUUGUAGAGAAUUUCGAGCUUAAUCUGAUGCAACAAAGAGCUAAAAUGGAAGAAGAAAUAAAAGAAAAAGAAGAAAUUUUACAGCAAUAGUUUAACUAGAAUAGACAGCUAUUUCCAUAAAGAUUACCACAAAUAUCGAAUAUUAGAGCCAAUUACUAUAAGUAGCAAAAAGAUAUAUUUAAACCUCUGAAAUAAAUUGAGAUUAAAGAGCUGUAUUAGCAGAUGAAAGAAAAGUAAAAGGCAACAGAUGUUUCAGAGUUUAUGGAAAAAAGAGCAUUUGACUAAUUAGAAGAAAAUUAUUACAAAACUUACUACGAAUGGUUAAUAAACCAGCCUCAAACAGAGGAUUAGAGAGCAUAUUUGUAAGAGUUAUUUGUAGAAUGCUUUGAGCUGACUUCUACCUUGAAUAAUUAGCCUGAAAGCCUAGAUAAACCUCUUAUCUGGCACACCCUUGCAUUUACUGAGAAUGAAAAGAAAUAUGUUGAUGAAUGGAUGAGAAAGAAAAAUCUUAUCAAAAAUAAUAAAUAUGGAUUCUUGGAAGAUGAUUAAGAAUUUGAAGCUGAUGAAAUACUUAGAAAGACAGAAAAAUUCUUUGAUACAGAUUUAUUUUUAUAAUAAGAUUAUAAUGAGGAAUAAUAUUCAGAUGAUGAAAAAGGAAAUUUAAAGAAAAUCUUAGAGAGGAAAGAACCUUAUAAUGAAGAUACCUUAUAUAAUUAUGAUAAUGAAAUAAAAGAACUUGAAGAAAAUUAGAAUGAAGUUUAGAAGUGAAAAAGUUAUAUUAAAUAUCUUUAAUCAUUAUUAUGUUUUUAUCAAAUAGAGUAAAUGAAAAAAUUCAUUUUGAUUUAAUAAAUUAUAACCACUCUUACUUAACAAAUUAUAACAUGUUAAAAUUUAAAAGUAUUAAUUAUGAGUAAAAUAUGAUGUAAAAUUAAAUUUAUAUUUUUCCUUUGUUAUGUAAAUAAAAAUGUUAUUUGUUCUCUCUUAAUUAG